AUUGCAAUUUACAACCAGCAAAUAAAUAACUCUUCUGCUGCUUCACGAAGGAUAAGACAGGCAACGAUGAAACCAACAAGGGACAGCACCAAAUCCUACUGACAUCGCAGCUCCAUUUCAAGUAGUUCAAAUUUCAACCCAAGGUACCCAGUGAUGCUUCUGAAUGACUGCACCAUGCCCUCUGGGUCUGGUUUUACUAACACCAGAGCAUGUAAAACUAUGCCUGGUAUUGUGGUUUCGGCAAGUGUUCCUUGCACAACUGCCAGGGCUGCAUUGUUGAACAGCAGGGUUUCAUUGGGACGACAAUUGGACAAAUCCUGGUCAUCUAGAGGUUUGCCUUCUCUACUUCUUUCAGCUGCAUCAAUGCCUCUCUUAAGUGGAGAUUAUGGUAGAUUUUCACACAAUAUUCCCACAUAUCCUCGGCAGCGCAGAUCCUAUUCAUGCCCUCGAGCAUCAAAAGAUGUCCCAUACAGUUAUCGCGCUCCUCCAAUGACCAAGAAGCCAGGAUGGUGGUGGAGGACUUUAGCAUGCCUGCCCUAUUUGAUGCCUCUUCAUGAAACAUGGAUGUACGCUGAGACGGCAUAUCAUCUACAUCCCUUCCUUGAAGACUUUGAAUUUUUGACCUACCCAUUCCUUGGAGCCAUUGGGAGGUUACCAAGCUGGUUCUUGAUGGCAUAUUUCUUUGUUGCAUAUCUUGGAGUAGUGAGGAGGAAGGAGUGGCCUCACUUUUUCAGAUUUCAUGUGGUAAUGGGCAUGCUAUUGGAGAUUGCUCUCCAGGUUAUAGGUACAGUGAGCCGAUGGAUGCCACUUGCUGUUUAUUGGGGUAAACUGGGCAUGCACUUCUGGACAGCCGUGGCAUUUGCUUAUCUUUUUACAGUCCUAGAGUGCAUACGUUGUGCUCUUGCUGGUAUGUAUGCUGAUGUCCCUUUUGCCUGUGAUGCGGCAUACAUUCAAAUCCCAUAUGAUUAAGCUGGAAAAGCUUGAGAACAGAAAUGUGUGCUCUCCUCCCCUUUUGCAUUUUUUCUCUACAAACUUUUUGAAUUAAAAGCUUUUCGAGCAGAAAUAGAUCAUUUUAUCUGAGACAACCUUGUAUAAAUGCUGUGAUCGGAUUACUUGGUUUGUGCCAGAGCAAAGGGCCGUUACCCUGUCUUGUUAGUUGUAUGAAUUUAUUUUAUAGAUUUUGAAAGUUGAUAACA